AAAAUCAUUUUUCAUACGUCUACAAGUCUUUUACAGUCAGUCGCGCUUGUCUACGUAGCUUAGCCCGUGUGUGUGUUGCAGCACAGCUAUGAACACGGUUAUUUCUAGAGCCAACGCAAUAUUCGCAUUUACGUUAAGCGUAUUAACAGCGCUAACCUUUUGCUGUUUCCUGUCCACGGCAUUCCACAGAUACCAGUCAGAAGUUGAGCUGCAAACCAUCAAAGCUGUCGUGAAGAAUGUCCAGGAUUUCAGUACUGCUAGAGGGAAGAAUGACCUGGGUUUUGUAACGUUCGACCUUAAAGCCAAUCUUAGCGAGCUGUUUAACUGGAACGUCAAACAGCUGUUUCUAUACUUAACCGCCGAGUACGAGACGGAGAGCAACGCACUUAAUCAGGUUGUCUUAUGGGACAAAAUCAUCAGGCGGGGAGAUAAUGCUCUUUUGGACUACAAGAACCUCAAUACAAAGUACUACUUCUGGGAUGAUGGCCAUGGACUGAAGGGCAACAAGAAUGUGACCCUCACGCUGUCCUGGAACAUAAUCCCCAAUGCAGGCAGCCUGCCCAACAUCCUGGGCACAGGCAUGCACUCAUUCUCCUUCCCCGUGGAGUACACCACCUCAAGGGUGUAGGGUGGCUGUAAAUAAUACCAGGGCUGGGCAAAUAAAUGUUGUUUUUUCUAUCGACUGGUCUCCAGAGCACUUUAGGGAGCUGCACUGUGCAUUGAUAGCGUCACAGUGUCGAGAAUAUGAUAAUCAUCAGAGGAUGUCAUCUUUUAUGCAGACUUUCCAGCACUAUCACUUCUACUCAUGCAAACUCUUGAAUAAACUGGAGUAUUCACA